AAUUCUCACAUUUUCAGAGCUGCAGAGAGGAAACGCCUGGCCAACGCCGCGGUGCUUUGUGAGAGGAAGGGGCAGAGGCUUUUCGAGAAAUGGACUGUGAAAUCUGCCUGCUGGUCUGAAAACAUCCAGCAUUGUUUUAUUUGCUCAUUUGGCUUGCACACCUCCAGUGUCUUUGUUCUUGUGCAGAGAUGAACUCGGACUGAACUUGGCUGACGACUUGUAGUAUUUUUUUAAACUCGGGAUUGCACUACAGACCUUCUCCCUGUACCGGCAUCAUGUACAGCAGCGGCUAUUCGCAGGUCUACGGCCCUGCAUCCAAGAAGAAGAUCCAGCACCGCUCAAAGGGCAAGAGCUGUGGCUACUACAUGCGGAUCGCCUUCUUAUUCUCGUCGCUCAUACAGUCCCUCAUCAUAGUGGGCCUCGUGCUCUUCCUGGUGUACGGCCGGACGAAGGCCUCGGACUCCAAGUCCCCCAUCCAGGACCUGGAGGACAGCUUCAGCCGGCUGUCCAUAGAGAACGUCGCCCUGAGGCAGCAAAGGGCCAACCUGACCAACCUGCUCAACAUCACCCUGACCGAGAAGGCUCGGAAUGACUAUGACCUGGGAAAGCUGCGCUUUGUGUGCAACAUGUCGAUUCUCUUUUUCCAAGAUUACGAGAGAAAGCUGCAACAAUGCAACACCGAACUGUUGGGCAUUAGGAUGAGAGGUUAUGCUGCCCAAUGCCCACAACUAACGGCACAGAUACCUGGAAACUGCAACUGCGGACUGCUGGCUGAUCAAAUGAAAGCCAAACUCGAACUUGUUGAGUCUAACUUCACUCAAACGGUGCAGAGAAUGAGGAUGGAAAUGGACCGGACGGCCAAAGAGAGAGACGACCUCAGCUUGGAGGCCAUCCGCCUGAGGAGAGACAAGUCCAUGUAUGAAAAAGAGCUGGGCCUUUAUCGGCAACAAUCAAAGAAUGAGUUCACCCAGUCCUUGAGGUCCGUCUCCAACGUCUCUCGGGCUUUUCUAGAGAAGAUCGAUACUGUCUUCCCUGCCCUCGAUCGCUUCCUGAUCAGCUGCCCAAAACAGAGUGAGCACCUGGAGCAGAUUCGCACCAACUGCUCCAGCCUGUCCAGAGAAAUUGAAGACAAGCUCCAGCGUUACCUGAACAUUGUGGGAGACCAGGUGUCGGGCAUCAAGGCUGAGAACGGCCGUUUGAAGGCAGAAAACUGGCGACUGUCCGAGGACUACCGCUGGUGUGGCCAAAACCGCACGGGAAUGAUGGUGCAGCACAGACAGAACAUGGAGAAGCUUCAGCGCAAGCACGACCAGGACAAGGAGAGACUCCUGAUGGAGAAGAUGAAGCUGAUUGGAGAUGUUGAGGUCCUGGAAAACAAUGUCAAAUACAAAAGUAAAGAGGUUGACCAUCUUACAGAGCAAAUUAAGCUGCUCAACAUGUCGUGUGUGGCAAGGGGCGGAUUUGGUGGAAGUGGAAUUCAGCCUGCCUGGAGCUUAAAUGGUGGAACUGGACCCAGUUCUGCUGGUAGGGCAGGUAUAGGUGUAUUGGGAUCUUCUGGGGGAUCCUUCAAUAAGCCUUCAACAGGAACUGGAUUUGGCUUAUCCCAAGGCUCCAGCUCAAGCCUUGGCUUCUCUCUGUCUAAGCCCGUAUCACCCGCAGGAUCAUUCCCAAGUUAUGGAUCAUCUUCCUCAAGCAACACAGGUUCAAAUAAGCAGACAUCUGGUUCCUAUGGGUCAUCUAGCUCCUCCGGCUCCUCUGGAUCCUAUGGGUCACCUAGCUCCUCUGGCUCCUCUGGAUCCUAUGGGUCAUCUAGCUCUUCCAGCUCCUCUAGGUCCAGUGGGUCAUCUAGCUCCUCCGGCUCCUCUGGAUCCUAUGGGUCAUCUAGCUCCUCCGGCUCCUCUGGAUCCUAUGGGUCAUCUAGCUCCUCUGGAUCCUAUGGGUCAUCUAGCUCUUCCAGCUCCUCUAGGUCCACUGGGUCAUCUAGCUCUUUGGGCUCAUCUAGUUCCUUGGGUUCAUCUAGGUCCACUGGGUCAUCUAGCUCCCUGGGGUCAUCUAGCUCCUUGGGUUCAUCUAGUUCCUUGGGUUCAUCUAGGUCCACUGGGUCAUCUAGCUCUCUGGGGUCAUCUAGCUCCUUGGGUUCAUCCAGCUCCUCUGGGUCAACAGGGUCAAGUACCAGUUAUGGUUCUAGUGGGUAUGGAUCAAAUAAGCAGACAUCAAGUAGUGGAAAAAGCCUGUUUGGGUCAUCAUCGUCCGGGUCCACUGGAUCAUCUUCCUCAAGUGGUUCAACAGGAUCUUCUGGGUCAACUGGGUCGACCAGUAAGAGUGGAUCAAGCAGUUCUGGAAUGGGUUGGUUUGGGUUUGGGAGCAGUAGCUCAUCACAAAGUAAACCAGCAAGUGUACCAGGGAAAUCGACAUCGAGCAGUGGUUCUGGUUCACUCGGCGGAGGGAGGACAAGUGGGCUGGCAGGUGGCUCAAUGAGUGUCACUCAGCACAUCCAAGACAUAAAGCGCCUGCUCAACCCCCCUGGCACAACAGAUGACAAACAAGAUCUCUCCGUGUUGCUGGGAUAGUCUCUUCUGACGGGGAAACAAAACACUUUUAUAUAUCACUUUAUCUUUUACACAGUGGUGACUGAAAGCUUAUUGCGUUGAGUUCACAUGUUGUUUAUCAAUGUAAUACAUGUACUGGUUUUACAUGCAAUAGUAAUUCUACUAACUUCUGCACUUUUGAAUGUAAAAUGUGAAGUCUGAGUCUUAUGCAUGCGCAGAUGACAGUAUUUUGACCUUGUAAAUACAUGAAAUAAAGGUUUUAAACUUGAACA